GAAAUGUUCGAUUUCAAUUUGGAAUUUGCCCGUGGCGGCGCCCGUUUCACCACGGAACUUUUCCAGCUUUUGAGCGCCGGUGGCCUCAAGGAGAACGUGGUCUUCUCGCCCUUCUCCAUCCAAACCUGCAUCGCCUUGGCUUUUGCCGGUUCGCAGGGCGAAACCGCCGACGAGAUAGCCAAGGCUUUGCACUUUGUCUCAAACUUUCCGCCUGAGGUUGCCCAGACUUUCCAGUUCGUCCUGGAGAAGUAUCGCAAUAGCAACCUGCUGCGCGUGGCCAACAAGCUGUACGUUCAGGAGGGCAAGCAGCUGAAACCGGACUACCAGGCGGCCAUCAAGGAGCAGUAUCAUUCGGAGGCCGAGUCCAUUAACUUUGCCCUCAGCGACGCCGCCGCCCAGGCCAUCAAUGCCUGGGUGAAUGCCAAGACGCAGGGCAAGAUCACGGAGCUGGUGAGCGCCGACUCCUUCUCGGACCUCACCCGCCUCGUCCUGGUCAAUGCCCUGCACUUCAAGGGCAGCUGGGCGCACAAGUUCAACGAGGAGCGCACCGAGGAGGACGAUUUCUGGGUGGGCGAGGAGGAGCAGGUCAGGGUGAAGUACAUGAACCAGAAGGCCAAGUUCAACUAUGGCUACUUUGAGGAUUUGGGCUGCACUGCCCUCGAGAUGCCCUACCAGGACUCGGAUCUCUCCAUGUUUGUCCUGCUGCCGCAGGAAAGAACGGGCAUUUUCGCCCUCGCCGAGAAGCUCAAGAGCGUCAACCUGGUGGAUCUGGCCGAUAAGUUGACCGUGGAGGAGGUUCAUGUGAAGUUCCCCAAGUUCAAGGUGGAUUACUCCCUGGAAUUGGCCGAGAAACUGAAGCAGUUGGGCAUCACGAAAAUGUUCACCGACGGAGCCGAGUUCAAUAAUCUCCUGGACUCUCCCGAGGGCGUCUUUGUGUCCAAUGUCCUGCACAAGGCCACCAUCGAGGUGAAUGAGGAGGGCACGGAGGCGGCGGCCGCCACCGGCAUGAUCAUGAUGACCCGCAUGAUGACCUUCCCCCUGCAGUUCCAGGCGGAUCGGCCCUUCCUAUACGUAAUCUGGAACAAGAAGAACAUCCUCUUCGCCGGUGCCUUCGUGAAUGCUGCUUAGAAGCUCAACUCUCACUCUUUUUCUACUGUUUGUAUUGUUUUAAUUGAAAAGUAUUUUUAAAUAAAUAAGCGCUCCAUGUCAAAUUUA